AUGGAUCGUUGGACUGGUGAACAUCGCGGCUACGCGGUUAAAGCGUAUUAUACGAAUGGUGAGAGUUUGGUGAAAACGCGACGUACUUUUCGACGCCGUUUCAAUAUACCGCGUAACAGGCCGGUUCCUUCGGAUAACGCCAUUCGUUCGUGGAUAAACAACCUUGAACAAACAGGAUCAACGUCUAAAAAACGAGGUGGGAGUGCAAAAACCGUUCGAACCCCUGAAAACAUCGCUGCUGUUCAACAGGCAAUGCUCAGAAGUCCACGCCGAUCUGCCAAACAACAUGCUCUCCGUCUUGGAAUAAGUAACACUUCGGUGAGAAGGAUUCUUCGUCAAGAUUUACAUUUCCACCCAUACAAAAUACAGAUUGUGCAAUCUCUCAAACCAAGUGACUAUCAGAAACGAUUACAAUUUUGUGAGCAAAUGGCCAGAAGACUUGAAGAAAAUGACGACCAAAUAAACCAUUUAUGGAUGAGCGAUAAGGCGCAUUUCCACCUAUCUGGUUUUGUUAAUAAACAAAACUUCAGAUACUGGUCAGAGAAAAACUCUGGCGUACUUCAUGAAACGCCUCUUCAUGUUUCAAAGGUGACGGUUUGGUGCGCCAUGUCGGCAAGAGGAAUAAUAGGCCCAUUUUUUUUUCGAGGAUGUCAAUGGAAGUGCUGUGACUGUUAA